AGCCUACCACGGGGAGGUGCUUUUGUGCUUCCCCUCCACGCUUUACAGCACAGCCUAUUAACGUUAUCCCAACCAUCAAUUGAGGAUAGCAAAGGGAAGAAGAGGAGCAUCCAUGGCUCUGCUCUGUGGUUCAUCUUCAGUGACGUUCCUUUCAUCUUCUGCUAAAUCUUCCUAUGCUUCUUCCCACAAUGGGAAUGCCAAAACCGCAUUUCUUGGCUUCCAGUUGCCAUCACCAAAGCCUUCUAUACGGACCAAUUUGCGCCUCAAUUCUAGGGCAAGUUCUCGGGUGCGUUGCCAGGACCUCUCCAUUGUCCCUAAAGAUGAACGUUGGAUGUUCGAGGAGUCCGAAGUCAAUGGCCCGGACAUUUGGAACAAGACUUGGUAUCCAAAAGCAGCAGAUCAUGUUAACACAGAUAAACAAUGGUACAUUGUUGAUGCUACAGAUAAAAUUCUUGGAAGACUAGCUUCAACUAUUGCAAUUCACAUCCGAGGGAAAAAUUUGGCAACCUAUACUCCCAGUGUGGACAUGGGUGCAUUUGUAGUUGUGGUUAAUGCGGAAAAAAUUGCUGUAUCUGGAAAAAAGAGGACCCAAAAGCUUUACAGGAGGCAUUCAGGACGACCUGGUGGUAUGAAAGUAGAGACAUUUGCCCAACUACAGGCGAGAAUUCCAGAAAGAAUUAUUGAACAUGCUGUUCGUGGCAUGCUUCCAAAGGGGAGGCUUGGCAGACAGCUGUUCACCCACCUAAAGGUUUAUAAGGGCCCCGAUCAUCCUCAUCAGGCCCAAAAGCCCAUCGAGUUACCAAUAAGGGACAAAAGAAUACAAAGGCAGAGAUAGGUAUUCCUGUGAACAGAAUAUGGGAUAUGGCAGACAUUGGCAAUUGCCUUAUGGUUUCAAAUACUACUGAGCUCCUUAAGUCCUACUUUGUUUUGAUGUCUGCGUUGGCUGUAGAAGUGUCCGAUUAUUGUAGAGUUUGUUUUUAUUCAAGGCCGUCUGCUUAAUAUCUCAUGAAUUCUUUAUGUUGUAGCUGUGAGUUCUUAGUCAUGUAAAAUUUCUUCAUUACGCAUUUUGCAAUCGUGGUAACUUUGUGAAGCAAGUGUUUCAUAAUUCAUUUUCUUUCCCCGUUUAAAAGAAUAGCACAGUUAUGAAAACUA